AUGAUUGCCGCCAUGCUUUACGCGGCACGCGGUUGGUUCACCAUCAAUUUGUCGUUGCUCGAGAUUACGCUGUUCUCAAUCCUAAUCUGCGCUGUAGAUCCGGUCGCUGUUUUGUGUGUAUUUGAGGAUAUUCAUGUCAACGAGCUGCUGUACAUUUGCGUAUUCGGAGAAAGUCUGCUCAACGAUGCCGUCACCAUUGUUCUGUUCAACACCGUCUCCUCGUUGGUGACAAGUUCGACCGGCGGUGCAAAUCAGAUCACGAUCGGUGCAGCGGAGUGUGGACAAGCCUUGGGGCACUUCUUCCGGGUAUCAUUAGGCGGAAUCGGAUGCGGAGUAGUUGGCGGAUAUCUUACAGUGCUAUUUAUGAGAUUCCUCGUCACCUUCCAAAUCGCCCAGCCCAUCAACCUCAUCGCUUGCCCGAUCGUGUGCUAUUUGUUGACCGAAAGCAUGCAUUUAUCGGCAAUUCUAUCCCUCGUCGUAAUCGGUAUCAUCAUGAAGAACUACAUGCCGGGCAACGUCUCCGAUCCGAUGGUGUUUACUGUGGAAUACCUCCUGAAGAUGGGCUCGUCUUAUUCCGAAUCCCUCGUUUUCGUAUUCCUUGGCGUCUCCGUCGUUUCCUCGAACCACCAGUUCGAUUUCUGGUUCGUCACCUGUACACUGACCGGAUGUUUAAUUUUCCGGUUUAUAGUCGUCUACUUCCUCAGCUUCAUGGCCAACAGGUACCGCGCGGAGACGGAGCGUAUCAGCAUCGUCGACCAGUUCGUGAUUGCUUAUGGAGGAAUUCGAGGAGCCGUCUGCUACGGUCUCGUCAUGGCCAUCGACGAGAACUUUUUCCCGGCUAAACAAAUGUUUGUCACGACAACACUGGUCGUCAUUUUCUUCACUACGAUUGUUCAGGGCUCCACCAUCAAGAAACUUGUCGAGUGGUUGAAGGUCAAGCGCAGCAAGAACUUUGGAAAAGAAUCCGAGAAGAAGCGGGUCAUCGACUACUUCUUCGGUGAGACCAACAAGCAUCUGAUGUUCUACAUUGAGGACUUGAUAGCGCACCAUGGUCAGAAUUGGUUCUUUCGAAAAUUCCUUGAGAAAGACCGGAAAUGGAUCAAGCCGUUUUUG